AUGAGGCUCACCUCGCUGACACGUCUCUGUUCGGUACAUGUGUACCUGCAGUGUGUACACAAAGCUUGGCUCUCCCCAGGUGUGAGUUGCGUCGUUUGGGACCAGUGGUGGACCUACGAUGGCAUAUCAGGCACCUCCUACUGGGGGGUGUUUAACCCGGACUGGGGCACGUGUCACAAGGGUCGUCGGCAGUCGCCCAUCAACGUCGAGCCCGAUUCACUUCUGUUCGACCCACAACUGGGCUAUCUACACGUCGACAAUGCCGCCGUGUCGGGCUGCCUGAGGAACUCCGGGCACGGGCUGGUGUUCAGCGUACUGGACUCGCACCGGGGUCAGGUCAAUAUCACCGGUGCCUCGCUCAGCUACGGUUAUCAGUUCCAAGAAGUGCACAUCCACUUCGGAAUGAAGAACGCUCGGGGGUCGGAACACCAAAUAUCCGGAAAGCCAUUUCCGGCUGAAGUCCAGCUGUUGGGAUACAACGCGAACCUGUAUCCAAACCUGACAGCUGCGGCCUCCGGCAACAGCGGCAUUGUUAUCGUCGCGGUGCUAGUUCAGCAAGGCUCGGCGACCAGUCACCAGCUGGCGCGCCUCGCCGACGCCAGCGUAGCAACACCCUACCGAGAUGAUGCGAUAUGUCUGGCGAAUGUCAGCGUCAGUGAACUGCUGCCCAGCACCGAGUUCUACCUGACCUACGAGGGAUCGCUUACCUGGCCCGGCUGUGACGAGUCGGUCACCUGGGUUCUGAUGAACAAGCCAAUCUAUAUUACCACGCGUCAGUUGGAGCAACUGCGGCGCCUCAGCCAGAGCCUGCAGACGGAUGACACCAGGUCACCACUGGGGGACAACUUCCGCACUCCGCAGCCGCUGCACCGGCGCCCGGUGCGCACCAAUAUCGAUUUCACGGGCGUCCAGGGAUCAUCGGCAUCGUGCCCAAAAACGCAAGCAGGCAAACGUUAUGAAGUCGGAGGAUGGCUGAAAUCGUACCUGAGAAAUGACUGACUGGCGGGACAGCUGCCAGCGUUGAAGAACGUUCAGUUGAAGAGUGCUCAAGAG